GGAAGUCAUCCGACCAUUGGAGAGUCGCCUUCCUAACUACGCUCAACCCUCGGAUCGUCGCCCGUCGGAUCGUUUUGAUUAGAGUCUGCUGGGAUGCCAUCGACUCGGGAGCGCCGGCGCAGUCCAGAGUCACCGCAUCGCCGCCGGCGGCCCUCGGGCAGCGAGGACCGACGCCGGAAGCGUUCCAGCAGCGACGACCGACGCCGCAAGCAGUCUAGCGGUAGCGACCGUCGCCGGCGUCCUUCCAGCGGCAGCGACCGUCGCGCGCGUCCUUCCAGUGGCAGCGACCGUCGCCGAAGGCUCUCCAGUAGCGGCAUCUGGCGCCGGGACAGCAGAACCACCCCAGACCAUAACACCAGCUGGCACUGGAAGCGCGGACAGAGGAGCGAGUCGGGCACGCCGCCGGAGCGCGGUCGUCAGACGAGCAUGGACCGGCGCCGCUGGGAGACCGCCCGCAGUGAGGCGUCUCGCAGGUCCACUCUGGGCCAGAGCAGUGAGGACGGCAGGGCGGAGCGAGGGGACGGCAGACGACGCGUGGAUAGACGGGGACGGCAGGAGCGCAGCGAUCGACGUGCGGCACGGCGAGGACAGAGCAGCGACUCUGACGAGGACAGUGAAAAAGAUCGCAGGAAAGAGGCAAGAAAAUUACCUCGCGGAAGAAGGCAUGAUAGUAGCAGUGAUUCAGAGGCGCAGGUGAAAAGGAAGAAAAAGAAUGCAGAAAAGCGCCGUGGUGGUGGUUCCGACUCGUCGAGUGACGAUUCAGAUGACAGUGAUGCUCGCGGUAAAGUUGCAAAAGCUAAGCCCAAAAAGAAACAGUCCAGUGACAGCUCCGACUCCGAGGACUCAGACGAUCCUGGAAAAGCGAAGAAAGGAAGCGCUGCUCAGAAAAAGCGCAAAGAAAGGCACGCCUCAAGCUCUGAGGAUAGUUCUUCGUCGGAAGACGAAAAACGUAAAAGCAAGAAGAAGACCCAAAAGUCCUCGGGAAAGAAAGCAGAAAGCAAACGAAAGAGUAGAUCUAAAUCAAAACAAAAGACUCAAACUACCGACUCUGAUGAUUCUUCAGAUGCGGUCUCGAAAACCAAAGAUAAGAAAUCCACACACAAGCGCAGACGCAAGGGACGUGACGAAACUGAGAGCUCGAGUGACGAAGAGAGCCCAGAAAGACCCAAGGGUAAGACCGAGAAGAAGAAACGCCGUCGCAAAUCCAGCGACGCUGAUUCAGAUUCUUCAGAAAGUGACGAUGGUAAAACCUCUAAAUCUAACGCCCAAAAGAAGCCUGCCAAGGGACGCCAUGAUACUGACAGCAGCUCUUCAGACGACGAACGACCCAAAACGAAACCCUCUGAGAAACCGAGCAAACCUGCGGCACGAGCGAAAGCCAGCAGCAGUGAUGAUAGCGACUCGGAUGCCUCUCCACAACCAAGGUCCUCGGCGCGCAGGGAGACCGGCUCUGGCGGACGGUCUGGUGGCACGGGUGACCGAAUUCGUGGCCGAGAGGACAGCCUCAGGCGCCGUGAGCCGGAGUCGCAGCGGCGUCAGGACGCGAAUCGAGAUGGUGAGCGACAGCGCGAGAGGGAGAGAGAAAGGGAGAGGGAGACUGAGAGACAGAGGAGGGACAAUCCCGGCAGAGAAGAUCGCCGCAGGGAUAGAGACGGACUGGAUAGAACAGAUCGAUCGGGCGAUCGAGACCGAAGGACUGAUCGAGAUGGACCAGGUGAUCGAGGCAGAAGAGACGGAAAUGCGAGAGACAGAGAAGAUCGACGGGACAAAGAUGAACAGAGUAGGAAGGAAGAGCGAGAUAGAAGUAGUGGACGAGAAAGAAACGAACGGGAGAGAAGAGAGCAGCGAGACAGAAAUGAGCGGGAACGAAUGAAUGAACGUGAUAAGAGGGUCGAUCGGGACAGAAACGACCGGGAGAGAAGUGACAGAAGGGAAGUAGAAAGGAAAGAAGAAAGAGACAGAAAGGAACAGGAAAGGAAGGACGAGCAAAACAGGAGGGAUGCCCGAAACCGAGAAGAGCGAGACAGAAGGGCGCGCAACACAGGUGACCGGAACAGGGAUGAUUCGCGUGACAGGAGAACCGAGAGAGACGACAGGAGAGGCCAGAAGGACAGAAGAAGCGAAUCUGGCGAGCGUGAACGGGGCAGAGUCGAUUCUCGAGACAGAGCGCAGCGCAGCGAGCGAGACAGAGGGUCGGAUAAUCGGGACAGAGGCUCGGAGAACCGGGACAGAGGAUCCGGAGCGGGUCGAAGAGACGGUCCCGCCUCACAUCGGGAGGAGAGUCCAAGGAACAGAGGUGGCAGGCCACUCGAUCGGGACAGCAGUGGGGAGAGAGCUGAGCACGCUAGGAGGGAGAGUGAGGAGGGGCGUGCGGACGCUCCAGCAGUGGCGGAGCGGACAGCGGCAGUAGGAGAGGCUGAGGAAAGGAGCGCUCACCGAGAGUCAGACUCGGAGUCUGACUCUGACUCGGACGGAGAGAAGUCGCGUCCGACGGCGGCGGCCAAACGGCGACAUGACUCCAGUGACGAGUCCUCCGAUUCCGAAGAAGAAGGCUCAAAGAAGCCGUUGGUUUCUCGCGCACAGGCAAAGAGUGACUCAUCUGAAUCAGAAGAGGAGCGGCCGACCAAAGUCGGCCGGUCCUCGAAGAAGAGCGAAUCUUCUGAAUCGGAAGAGGAGCGACCGACCAAAGCUGUUCAGUCCAGUGUCAGGCGCGCGGAGCCUGCCAAACAAGAUUCUGCCUCUUCGGAUUCAGAAGCUGAGGAGCAGCGAACCGUGCAGUCUGUGGUGCGACGCGAGGCCUCUCCGGAGCCUAGGGACGAAGGAGAGGUCGAAGAGGGGGAGGAGGGGGAGUCGAGGACCGUUCGCUCGACAGUUCGGCGCCCGGACUCUCCGGAGCAGCCUGAGCAGAGCCCGGACAGCUCCGAGGCCCAUCAGGGCACCAAGAGGGCUCACCCAGCCCCCACCGGUGAUGACUCGGCGACUCCAGCGACAGCUAAGCGUACUCGCCACGACUCUGAGAGCUCCAGCGAGUCAGGCGAGCUGACCGAUGACUCUGAGUCGGGAGUCGCCGUCGCCAGCGCCGUGGAACUGCGGAAGGCGAGGGAGGAGAUCGGAGACAUCGAUGACGAGGAUGCUGGCGAGCCAGCGACCGGCGGUGGUUCGCGUCCGGAACAGGACAGACAGGCCGAGCCCCGACAGCAGGACGCCCGGGAGUGGAUCGGGCGGCCACAGCCAGUGGGCGAUCGCUACUGGCGGGCAGAGUCUCCCCCUCCCGAGCGCCGCUCUCCCAACAGAAGAGACCGACGCGGCGACCGGUCACCGCCCGGCCGGGACGGGGACGGCAGGGCGCCGCGACGGGACCGCUCGCCCCGGGACCGGCCUGACAGAGACGCCAGGAGUCCGGAGCCGAGCCCUCCGCCCAAACCGUCCACCAAGCCGGACGACUCGCUGAUGACGAGGACGGGCGGCGCUUACAUCCCGCCGGCCCGGCUGAGGAUGAUGCAGGCGCAAAUCACCGAUAAGACCAGCGCUGCGUUCCAGCGUCUGGCCUGGGAGGCGCUCAAAAAGUCCAUCAACGGUCUCAUCAACAAGGUGAACGUGUCCAACAUUGGUAUCAUCGUGCGGGAGCUGUUUGCGGAGAACGUGGUGCGCGGCCGCGGCCUGCUGUGCCGCGCCAUCCAACAGGCCCAGACUGCCUCACCUACCUUCACGCACGUUUACGCCGCACUGGUGGCCAUCAUCAAUGCGAAGUUUCCACAGAUCGGCGAGCUGCUGCUGCACCGGCUCAUCCUACAGUUCAAGCGGGGUUUCAAGCGCAACGACAAGACGCUCUGCAUGUCGGCGACCAGGUUCACCGCCCAUCUGAUCAACCAGCAGGUGGCGCACGAGGUGCUGGCGCUGGAGGUGCUGACGCUGCUGCUGGAGACGCCGACCGACGACUCGGUGGAGGUGGCCAUCUCCUUCCUCCAGGAGGUCGGCCAGAAGCUGACCGAGCUCUCCCCUCGCGGUAUCAGCGCCAUCUUUGAGCGGCUCCGGCACAUCCUACACGAGGCCCAGCUGGACAAACGUGUGCAGUAUAUGAUUGAGGUGCUGUUUGCGGUGAGGAAGGAUGGCUUCAAGGCACACCCGGCGCUGCUGGAGGAGUUGGACCUUGUGGAGGAGGAGGAGCAGUUCACCCACCUGGUCACACUGGAUGAGGUCACCAACGCCCAGGACAUGCUCAACGUCUUCAAGCUGGACACGGAGUAUGAGGCCAACGAGGAGAAGUACGCCACCAUCAAGAAGCAGCUGCUGGACGACUCUGACGACUCGGAGGAGGGCAGCGGCUCGGAGGACGAGAGUGGGUCCGGGGCAGACAGCGCCGACGAGCACGACGACACCGCGCCAAUCAUCGACAACACGGAGACCAACAUGUUGGCUCUGCGGCGCACCAUCUACCUCACCAUCAAGUCCAGUCUGGACUUUGAGGAGACGGCCCACAAGCUGCUCAAGCUGAACCUGAAGCCGGGACAGGAGGUCGAGUUGUGCCACAUGGUGCUCGACUGCUGCGCCCAGGAGAGGACAUACGAGAAGUUCUUUGGUCUCCUGGCCCAGCGUUUCUGCAUGAUCAACCGCAAGUACCAGGACCCGUUCGAGCAGAUAUUCCGCGAUACCUACGACACAGUCCACAAGCUGGAGACGAGCAAGCUGCGCAACGUCGCCUGCCUGUUCAGUCAUCUGCUCUACACAGACGCCAUAUCGUGGGGUGUGCUGGCGCACGUCCGUCUGAAUGAAGAGGAUACGACCAGUAGUAGCCGUAUCUUCAUCAAGAUUCUGUUCCAGGAGCUGUCCGAGUACAUGGGACUGCCGCGACUCAAUGAGAGGAUUAAGGAUCCGACUCUGGCAGAGGCGUUUGAGGGCAUCUUUCCCCGCGACGAUCCGAAGAACACCCGCUUCUCCAUCAACUUCUUCACGUCCAUCGGUCUGGGAGGCAUCACGGAUGAUCUCCGCGAGCAUCUGAAGGCGCAGCCUAAACCUACGGCCGUGGUGGCGCCCAUUGUAAAGGACGGCGAGGAGGGCAGCUCCAGCAGCUCCAGCUCCAGCUCCGAGAGCAGCUCCAGCUCAGAGUCCAGCUCCGACUCGGACUCAAGCGACUCCGACAGCGAGGCGGAGCGGCGCAAGAGAAAGCGAAAGAAGAAGCGGAAGAGCAAGUCGUCCCGCAAAUCAGACAAGCGCAGCAAACGGAGGAAGACGGCAUCGUCCAAGUCUGAGCGAGGUGAGGCUUCGUCCUCGCGAGGACACGAGCAGUCUUCCUCUCGCCGUCGCGAAGAGUCCUCGACCUCACGUCGUCACGAGCGGCGAGAAAAGUCCUCAUCUUCCUCUCGAAGGCGAUAGUCCCUCCGAAGAGGAAUGGUGAGUGUGUGGAACGUAAGGUGUCGGUUUGUGAACGUGUUUUCCGUCGACUGUCUGACGAUGGUUGUUGAAGACGUGCAGUGUGUGUCACUGGCAACAUGUGGCUCCAUGUUUUGUACAUUCUAGCUAGGAGAGAUGUGGUUUUCAGUUUUGCAACGUUGCUUUCUGGCUGGGCCAGAUGUCUGCUUCAAGAUUUACACAGAAAGGCUCCACAUUCAUCUCGUUUUCUUUUUACUGCGUAGUUUUUGAUGGCGUUUUGGACAAUAUCGGUGAAGAAAGGUUUGUGAAUAUCAUCUUUUACACAAACUACUGCUGACCUUUUCUGCACCAAUUCACCAAGCUGCCUUUCACCAGCUGAUUCAAAUUCAAAACGUAUAUUGCCCGUGCCACCAUCGUUCAAUCAAACUGUUAGGAUUGCUGAAUGCUAACUGCAUGACAGGGAUAAAACCUGUCUCUACCCGUAGACCAGCGCGAUUGAGCAGUAGAGGGACGAACAGUCGCUCUUGCUGGGGUGCGGGGAGUAGCCCGAGUGUCUGGCACAUUUUGUGCGUGUAGAUGUGCGUCCGUGUCGUAUGAUGCAGGCUGUGUCGCUCGUCGGUGUUCCCAGAUGUGUCAUGUGUCAUCACAGCUGACUGGAAGCGUGCCAGUUGUACUUACGGUGUUGGCCGUCCUGAGUAUGUUGAGCCACCAUUCGAAGGGGUCGGAACCCCUAACAUGUUAAACCCCGCUGGAAACGACCUGCGUAUUUGCUCAUCCACACCGUCUUAUAAAUAAACCCAUGGCUCAAC